AUGUCCAAAUCCGCCAUGGCACGCCGCCACAACCCUUUGGAAGAUGAUAUAACCGCUUCGGGCGGCCGUCUACGGACGAAGUCUGUCACUGGGAAGAGAAAAUCCAGGACCGAUGAGAAUACCCAAGGAGAUGGCUAUAUUGACGCUCAAUCUUCGAGGAAGAUUCUGGCCAUUGCACAAGAUCUGGCGGAUGAAGAAGCCCGAGAUCACGCCGCCGCUGGUGUGAAGGCUCUAUCUCCAUCAAAUGCCGCCUUUGCCUUUGACUCACGAUUCACCACCGAUGACGACGAAGAUCGAGAUGGACAAGCGCAGUAUGACGAUGAAGAAGACUGGAUGCCGGAAGAAGAAGACGAAAUAGCUGCCGAAGAAGACCUGGAUCCAGAAGACAUGGCUGUCUACAAGAAAUUUCUCAAGGAUGGCGAAGAGUUGCCGGAUUUUGCACCCUCCAUAGCGAACCUCACCACGGGGGAUCGACAGCCAAACAAUGUGUCCGAAAGAGAAGAGGAACCACAAGGCCCGCCUACGAAUCUUACAGAACUGAUCCUGCAGCGAAUCGCUGAAAAGGAAGCGCUAGAAGCAGCGCGCAAUGCGGGCACUCAACAACAGACAUUCAUCGGUUCAGGACCACCCGAUGAAGCGGUUGAAAUCCCCAUGAGAGUGGCUGAGACAUUCACAAAAGUCGGCCAACUUCUCUCUCGCUAUAAAUCUGGACCUCUUCCCAAGCCCUUCAAGGUGUUACCCACGCUGCCUCAGUGGCCAGAGUUACUAUCCAUAACCCGACCGGAAAAUUGGAGUCCACAUGCCGUCUACAGAGCCACCAAGAUCUUCAUCUCUGCCCCUGCGGCUACCGGGCAAUACUUUUGUGAGACCAUCCUCCUUGAACAUGUCCGGGAAGAUAUUCAAGAGAACAAGAAACUCAACGUGCACCUGUACAACGCACUAAAGGCUGCGUUUUAUCGACCCUCCGCCUUUUUCAAAGGCUUCCUCUUCACUCUUGUGCAGUCUUCCUGUACCCUCCGUGAGGCACAAAUCAUUUCCUCAGUGCUGGCCAAGAUCAAGAUCCCUGUCUUGCACUCUGCUGCAGCUCUACUUCGUCUAUGCGAGAUUUCAGCGGAACAAACGUCCAACGUCAACAGUGAAGCUGCCGGUGCAGCCAACAUCUUCAUUCGAGUUCUGCUAGCGAAGAAAUACGCCCUGCCUUACAAAGUCGUGGAUGCGCUGGUCUUCCACUUCCUUCGGUUUAGAGCAUCCAAAGAGGAUUCAGCAGAUGCCGGGUUAGCAAGUAAAGAGGCAAAGCUUCCUGUUUUGUGGCACCAGAGCCUCCUCAUCUUCGCACAAACUUACAGACACGAGAUCACCGAAGAUCAGCGUGAAGCACUACUGGAUCUUCUGCUUGUUCGCGGCCAUAAAGACAUUGGUCCAGAAGUGAGACGCGAGCUUCUUGCGGGCAGAAAUCGAGCUGCAGAAGGUGAGGAGGGUACAGCUAUGGCUGUUGACCAGGAUUCUCGAGAUGAUGGUGAUGAUACCAUGGAUAUUGCUUGA